GAUGCCGAAAAGAAAGACCACGUCAUGUUGGUCUAUGGCUGUAAUUGCCUGUCUCCUCUUUGUUGCCGCCACUCACCUACGUGGCGCUCAAGCAGCUGCCGUAAUGUCUGUCGACUUGGGUUCCGAAUGGAUGAAAGUCGGUAUUGUAUCACCCGGUGUACCCAUGGAAAUUGCCUUGAAUAGGGAAUCGAAACGUAAGACCCCUGUGACAUUGUCCUUCCGCAAUGGUGUACGUUCAUUUGGUGAAGAUGCUGUCACCGAUGGCAUCAAGGAACCUGCUUCGGCCUAUAGUUAUCUUUUGGAUUUGUUGGGUAAACAAAUUGAUAACCCCAUUGUGGAUUUGUAUAGAAAACGUUUCCCCUACUAUAAUAUUAUUGCCGAUCCUGAACGUAAUACAGUGAUCUUCAAGAAAAGUGAUACCGAAGAAUUCUCUGUCGAAGAAUUGAUUGCACAGAUUUUGGUUAAAGCCAAGGAAUUCGCCCAGGAGGCAACAAAUCAACCCAUCACUGAAUGUGUUAUUACCGUGCCGGGAUAUUUCGGUCAGGCCGAACGUGAAGCCCUAUUGACAUCUGCUCAAUUGGCCAAUUUGAAGGUGCUGCAAUUGAUUAACGAUUACACCGCCGUUGCAUUGAACUAUGGUGUUUUCCAUCCCUCGGGUAUCAAUGAAACUGCUCAAUAUUAUGUAUUCUAUGAUAUGGGUGCUAGUCACACUUCGAGUGCCGUGGUAAGCUAUCAAUUGGUUAAGGAUAAACACACCAAGGAAACACACCCAGUUGUGCAGGUGUUGGGUGUCGGUUAUGAUCGUACUUUGGGCGGUUUGGAAAUUCAAUUGAGAUUGCGUGACUACUUGGCUGCCGAAUUCAAUGCCUUGAAGAAAACUACCACCGAUGUCACCAAGUCACCCAAAGCCUUGGCCAAAUUGUUCAAGGAAGCUGGUCGCUUGAAGAAUGUUUUGUCGGCCAACAAUGAUCACUAUGCCCAAAUUGAGAACUUGAUUGAAGAUCAAGAUUUCAAGUUGCAGGUUACCCGCGAGAAAUUGGAGGAAAUUUGUUCUGAUCUCUGGCCCCGUGUUAUCAAACCCUUGGAACAAGCAUUGUCCACAUCUGGUUUAAGUUUGGAUGUUAUUUCCCAAGUAAUCUUGUUUGGUGGUGGCACUCGUGUUCCCAAGGUCCAGGAGACAUUGAAACAAUAUAUCAAGCAGGAAUUGGGCAAGAGCUUGAAUGCCGAUGAAGCUGCUGCUAUUGGUGCUGUCUAUAAGGCUGCCGAUUUGGCUACCGGUUUUAAGGUGAAGAAAUUUAUUGUCAAGGAUGCCGUGCUCUAUCCAAUUCAAGUCACCUUCGAACGUGAUCCUGGAGAGGGUGCUGAAGUGAGACAAGUAAAACGUGUUUUGUUUGGCCUUAUGAACUCGUAUCCACAAAAGAAGGUGAUUACCUUUAACAAGCAUACCGAAGAUUUUGAUUUCUUUGUCCAUUAUGGUGAUUUGAAUCAUUUGAGUGCUGAGGAACAGUCCUACGUGGGUAGCUUGAAGAUUUCCCGUGUUGAAUUGCAAAAAAUUAAGGAAUUACUGGAGAAAACCAAAAAUGAAUCUGUCGAUGCUAAGGGCAUCAAGGCCUUCUUUACCUUGGAUGAUUCCGCUUUGUUCCGUUGUACUGGUGUGGAAUAUGUCUAUGAAAAGCAAAAGAUCGAAACUGAGGAAGAUGAUGAAGGCACCUUGGCCAAAUUGGGAAGCACAAUAAGUAAACUAUUCUCCAAGGAUAAGGAAGAGGACAAGAAGGAGGAAGGUUCACAAGAUGGCAAUGAAAAUGCAACUGAGGGUGAAGAAGCCACCGGUGGCAAGGAUGAGGAGAAGAGCAAAGAACAGGAGAAAAAUGAAACUAAGCCCACUGAGGGAGAGGCUCCCAAAAAGAAUGAGACCAUUAAAAUUGUUACUGUCAAGGAGCCAGUGGCCCAUAGCCUAACUGUGCAAUUCACUCAACCGCUGAGUGGCAAAUCCUAUGAAAAGGCUGCUGAAAAACUCAAUGCCAUCAAUAAGGCUGAAAAUCUUAGAAAUCAAUUGGAAUCCUCGUUCAAUGCCUUGGAGUCACACAUUAUUGAUAUACAACAAAAAUUGGAGGAGGAGGAAUAUUCCUCAUGUGCCACCAAGGAGGAAAAGGAAAAGAUUUUGGCAGAAUGUUCCGCUGCCUCAGAUUGGCUAUAUGAAGACAUUGAAAAUCCCACCCCCGAAAUGUAUGAAAACAAAUUGAAGGCUUUGAAGAAGUUAACCGAUGUCUUUAUGGCCCGCCACUGGGAACAUGAGGAACGCCCCGAAGCUCUUAAGGCUUUGUCGAAAAUGAUUGAGGGUGCCGAAGGGUUCCUUAAGAGUGCCAAAAACUUGACCAAAGAAACCAAUCCCGAAAAAGAUGUUUUCACACAAGUUGAAAUCGAUACCCUUUCCAAGGUCAUUAGCGAUACCGUUGAAUGGCAAAAGACCGAAGUACAGGCCCAAGAUAAAUUGAAGCGCUACGAAAAUGUACGUCUUACCAUUAAGGAAAUUACCAAUAAAAUGUCCACACUGGAUCGUGAAGUUAAGUACUUGGUAACCAAAAUCAAUCUAUGGAAACCUAAGGUCAAGCCAACGAAAAAGGACAAGAAGAAGGCCAAGAAAGAUGGUGAAGAAAAGAAGACGGAGGAAGGUGGAGAACAGGAGGAGGGCAGCAGCAGUGGUGAUGGUGAUGCCGAAAAGGUCACCACCGAACAAUCUGGCGACGACACAAACAAGGAGGAACAAGUAGAGAUACCAGUAACUGAAAAGAAAACUGAAGGGGAGGAAGAAGCAGAAGAAAAACAAGAAGUCCCCGUUGCAACACCCACAGAAGAUCACACACCACGUUCAGAUCUUUAA